AUGUCAUUUCGUAGCCUAACUGUGCUGUUCAUCCCGUUUGACGCCGUGGGACACGUGAACCCAUUGGUAGCCCUAUCCGAGUCACUGCUGACUGCCGGACACCAAACCGUAGUUCUACUGACACACCGAUGGCGGCAAGUGUUGGACACAACCCACCCGAACACCAGAGCCAUAUUCUACGACAGUCAAUCCCAACGGCCAGAAUCGACGGCGGCCGAGCCUGCUCAGUUUCUCGGUGAACUACUAUUGCAGCAUGGUCUAUUGUCCAACAACGGCCCGGUGGACAAAAUGCUCAACAAUAUUAAACAUAUGCUCUCUCAUUGGGCGGCACAGUUGCCCACAAAUGACGCUCACAUUGAACGCGCCAUACGUGAUGUUCGGCCCGACGUUAUUGUCGUCGAUUUCCCGCUCGCUCUGCCGUCGAUUGAACGGUCGGCUGUGCCCUACGUUUGCGUCAAUGUGUGUAAUCCGUUGCGUCAUAUACUCGACACCAGAACGCCUCCAUUCGGUACAGGUUAUGCGGCACUGGGAGACCAAGUCGAGUGGAAAGCCUUUACGGAGAAAUAUUUGUCGGCGACUCUUGAUGUUUGGCACCAAAAGAGCGCAUACUUUGUGUCCAAAGGCUGCGAACCGCUGCGAAUGGGCGACCAUUUUAAACACUCGCCGUAUCUAAACGUAUAUCAGUUCCCAAUUGAGUUGGACUAUCAAGAGAUGCGUCCAAAUCCGCCCAAACACUACCGGUUCGACCAUUUUAUGAGCACUGGUGGCGACCACCAGGUGUUUGAGAUACCGAUAUCAUUGGCGGACAAACCGGAAAAGUUGGUAUACUUUUCGUUGGGCUCUAUGGGGGCCACAGAUGUACACAAUAUGAAGAGAUUAGUGAGUAUUUUGUCUAAAUCUAAGCACAGGUUUAUUGUAUCGAAAGGACCCAAACACGACACCUAUGAACUGGCGGACAACAUAUAUGGCCAGAAAUAUCUGCCGCAGCGACAGAUUGUGCCACUCGUGGACCUGAUAAUCACCCAUGGUGGUAAUAAUACGGUGUGCGAGGGGUUUGCCGCCGGGAAACCGAUGAUCAUAUUGCCACUACAGGGCGACCAAUACAGUAACGCCCAACGGGUGGACGAACUCGGUUUCGGUGUACGUCUGGACGCCUAUAAGUGCACUGAAGGGCAACUCUUGGCAGCAAUCGAUCGGCUCUUAACCGACAGGGAAUUACACGAAAGAUUGGCUAUAAUUACGGACAGAAUUAAAAAGGAUAACAGUAGCGUGACCACCUGUGCUCUAUUUCAGAGAACAGUUCUCUAUUUGGACCUGCAUUUGAACAAAAUAGAGAACUGUUCUCUAUUUUGA